AUGACACAAGAAUUCGACGGACAGAUGGCUGCGUUGGAGCUGGCUUUCGCGAAAGCAACUUUUCCUUUGGACAGUGAGAAACCGAGAAUCUAUUCGUCAAAGAUGUCAAGCUGGUAUGGACAACUUCUUGCUGCAAAAGCCCUCAAGAAACUAUCUUGGCGCUUCCACACUAAAUAUUUGACGUGGUUCCAACGACACGAGGAGCAAAAACAAACCACUGACGAUCAAAUCACUGGCGAAACCCGUAACACGUUCGACUCUCGUAUUCGGCAGGGUGACUACAUGAAGCCGAUAGGAUAUGUGGCGGGGAAACCAAUCUGGCCGCGUGUCUUAGACAGGGUUCGGUCGACGGGUGAACUGUUUUUCGACGAUGAUAAUAUUGCAUAUGUGGUCCAUGACCGUAACCCGGCUGGAAUGAUCCGUAAAAUGGAUAAGGAGAAGAAUUUCGAGACAGUUAUGCAAUUUUUGGACAAAUACACAUUAUAA